AUGGGUGAUUUCCCAGGUCAUGCUCUUGCUGGAUCCUUCUUCUUUAUCAUGGGUCUUUGGUGGAGUACAAAAAGUAUUCUGAUGCAUGUCUGCAAAAAGCAAAAGCGGGCCUGCUUCCUUGGUUCCAAAGCAUUAUUCCAUAGAUCAGAAAUUUUGGAGGGAAUGGUAAUAGUUGGCAUGGUUUUAACUGGAAUAGUUUGUCUACAGUCUGCUGCCACAUCUAAAGAAGGUCAGUGGGUACGAAUCCUACGCUGGCAUCACUUGACCAUAUACCUCUUCUAUGGUCUGUGUGGAGUGGUCAACAUCUUAUGUUUCACCAUCACUUCACUUCCAGUUUCCUUAACCAAGUUAAUGCUGUCAAAUGCAUUCUUUGCGGAUGCUUUUACCUUGUACAACCACACUCAUGGUCGGGAAAUGGUGGAUAUCUUUGUGCACCAGCUGCUGACCUUUGCCACCAUUUUGGCAGGCCUAGUUGCUUUCAUAGAGUUCCUCACAAGGAGCAAAGUAACUCUAGUGCUGCUGCGGUCAAGCCUCAUCAUGCUACAGGGGAGCUGGCUUUGGCAGGUGAGUUGGGGCCUCCAG